GGGGAAGGAGAGACUGACGAUGGUGGAACCUGUGACGACAUCAAAGAGCAUGCAGUACAGCGGCCAGAUGACGACUCUUCAUCCAUCUUGGAGAGAAGCCAGAACCCAUGAAUCAUCAGAUUUGCCGUCUUCAAAAUGAAUCGACUCCAGUGGCCGCAGGCCGAGCGUUUGGCCUCCGUCUUCGUGGCCACGUUGGCCCUGCUGAGCUGCGUCCGGGCCAUGCCGAGCACGGACCACCCGCUCCGUCGCGGCCAACACUUUCAGUUCAUGUGGAACGCCCCGACGGAGCUGUGCGACAUCCACUUCGACAUGCCGCUCGACCUCUCCCACUUCCACUUGAUCAGCAGCACGCUGAAGACGGCGAUCAACCAGAGCAUCUCCAUAUUCUACAUUGACCGCUUCGGCCUCUUCCCCUACGUGGACGAGGACACCGGAGAGCUGCACGACGAGGGCCUGCCGCAGCUGGUCGACCUGCAGGAGCACCGCGACCUCGCCGAGGACGACAUCGAGUUCUACAUCACCGGCAACCGGCCGGGCCUCGCCGUGCUCGACUUCGAGGAGUGGCGGCCGCAGUGGGUUCGAAACUGGGGCAGCAAGGACAUCUACAGGCAGAUUUCCAUCGAGACGGUCCAGGAGAACAACCCGUGGAUGACGGAGGACGAAGUGGAGGCCCGGGCGCAGGCCUCCUUCGAACGCGGCGCCAGGAGGUACUUCGUCCGCUCCAUCCGCAUCGGCAAGGCGCUGAGGCCCAACCGCCUCUGGGGCUACUACCUUUACCCCGACUGCUACAACUACGACUACAACCAGGACAUGGCGGGCUUCACCGGAGAGUGCCCCCCCACCGAGAAGGACCGGAACGACAAUCUGCUGUGGCUCUGGAAGGAGUCCACGGCCCUCUUUCCCUCCAUCUACCUGGAGCUGACGCUCAGGGACACCCUGCAGGCCCGGCACUACGUCCGGCAUCGCAUCCAGGAGGCCAUGAGGGUGUCGAUGCUCCCCAACAGCUCCUACACCAUCCCCAUCUACGCCUACAUCCGGCCGGUCUACAAGGACAGCACCGACGACUACAUGUCAGAGUUUGAUCUCGUGAACACCAUCGGAGAAGCUGCUGCUCUCGGCGCCGCUGGCAUCAUUUCCUGGGGAGACAUGGCCGUCACCGACUCAGUGGAUUCCUGCUUGGACGCCCAAAUCCACCUGCAGCAGGUCAUGAACCCGUACAUCCUGAACGUGUCCACGGCGGCUCGGCUCUGCAGCGAGGCGCUCUGCCAGGGCCGUGGUCGCUGCUUGAGGAAGCGCUGGGACCAAGACGUCUACCUCCACCUCGACCCGCGGCGCUACGACAUCGGCCGCGGGCGUCCCAGCGGCCCGCUGACCGUGCUCGGCGGCCUUUCGCAGGACGACGUCGACUACUUCGACCGCAACUUUGACUGCAUUUGCUACGACGCGAAGACGUGUCGCUCGGACCUGAUGUACUACUCGGACCUGAUGUACGACUCGGACUUGAUGUACGACUCGGACCUGAUGUACGACUCGGACUUGAUGUACGACUCGGACCUGAUGGACGACUCCAUCCCAGAGGCCGUCCCCGAGGCCGUCCCCGAGGCCGUCCCCGAUGCCGUCCCCGAGGCCUUCCCCGAGGCCGUCGUCAACGCAACCAAUGGAGGCGCUCACAGGCCCCUCCCCCUCCUGCUGGCGACGAUAUUGCUCAGUCUUAAGUACGUUGUGAUGAGGAUAUAA